AUGUUCGCCACCAUUGGCUAUAUCCUCCCUGAAUACUGGAGAUUCCCCGGCUAUUUGUCCAAGUUCCUGGACAUCAAAUUCUCGGAGGUUCCCAAUGGCCUGAGCGCUUUCUCCAAGGUGCCAUCCUUGGGAUGGCUGCAGAUUGUUGGCUUCGCUGGCAUCGUGGAGCUCAACGUCUACAACGACCAGGUGAACGACGAACCCGGCAACUACGGUGCGGGCUUUUUGGGCCUCAGGUCCAUCGGCUUCAUGAACGCCGGCAUCUCGGACCCCGAGGUUCGAAAGAAGAAGUUGAACGCGGAGUUGGCCAACGGCCGUUUGGCCAUGUUCGCCAUCAUCGGAAUGUUCUUCCAGGAUGGUCUGACCGGAAGCGCCUGGGGAGACUGGGCCAACUACACCGACUCUCCUUUGCGCGCUUUCGAGAAUGAACUCGGCGUGCAGGCGCCCGUGGGUUUCUGGGAUCCCGCAGGCUUUACUGCCGACGGAAGCGUGGAGGACUUCAAGCGACGUCGCGCCACCGAGAUCAAGCACGGUCGCAUUUCGAUGUUGGCCACCAUGGGGUACAUCACCCCAGAGAUCACUGGCAAAUUCCCUGGCUACUUAUCUCCAUCCGCCGGUUUGAAGUUCGCCGAUGUGCCUAAUGGUUUGGCUGCCAUCUCAAAGGUCCCAGCCGCAGGAUGGGCUCAGAUCUUGGCCUACAUGGCUUUCUGCGAGGUCUCUCAGGAACAGACCCCAGGAAGUGCUGCUUAUGCUGGAGACUUUGGAUUCAAGGUGUUGACCUCUUCUGACCCGGCUGAGAAAACCAAAAAGCUUAAUGCAGAAAUCGCUAACGGAAGACUUGCGAUGAUGGCCAUCAUCGGCAUGUUUUUCCAGGAUGGUCUGACCGGAAGCGCCUGGGGAGACUGGGCCAACUACACAGCAUCUCCGUUGCGCGCAUUCGAGAAUGAACUCGGCGUGCAGGCGCCGUGGGUUUCUGGGAUCCCGCCGGAUUUACCGCCGAUGGAAGCGUGGAGGACUUCAAGCGACGUCGCGCCACCGAGAUCAAGCACGGUCGCAUUUCGAUGUUGGCCACCAUGGGAUACAUCACCCCAGAGAUCACUGGCAAAUUCCCUGGCUACUUAUCUCCAUCCGCCGGUUUGA